GGCCGGGCAGAGCCCUGGGUGCUGCCGCCAUGAGCAGCGCGGAGACGGCGCUGGGCGCUGGGCCGCGGGCUCAGCCCGCCUGGAAGCGGCAGAUCCUGGAGAGGAAGAGGGCCAAGCUGGCGGGCGGCGAGCCCGAGCCCCCGGCCGGGGAGCGGCUGGUGGUGGCGGAGAGCCUGGGCCCGCUCCGCGAGAACCCCUUCAUGCGGCUGGAGAGCGAGCGGCGGCGGCUGCGGCAGGGGCUGGCCGGGCACGGCCCCGCGGCGGCGCGGCCGCUGCAGCAGCUGCUGGAGCUGUACAGCGCCGUGCCCGGCAUCCGCACCAUCCGCGCCGACAACAUCCUCAUCAUCGAGUCCCAGCCCGACGCCGCCACCUGCUUCGCCGAGGGGGAGGCGCUGCCCGGCCGCCGCCGGGACCCGGCCGCCUGUUCCCCGCCGCGCCGCCCCGACCCGCUGCGGGAGCUGCUGGCCCGCCGCGGAGCCGCGCUCGCCGAGAUCCGCGCUGACCAGGUUGUCAUCUACGAGGCGGCCGAGCCGCCGGAGCCGCCCGAGGCGGCCGAGCCGGGCACCGUCAGCCGCCUCCUGGAGAAGUUCGGGCAGCGCCCGCGGGGCCGCCGCCGCCGGGGAGGGGAGGCACUGACCGGGACCGGCUCCAAGGCUGCUGCUCCGCCGGCAGGACCCGGCUCCCCCCGCCCCGGGCCGCCCGCUCCUGCGGCGGCGCCGGGCCCCCCCCGGGCCGGGCCGCCCCCUCCGCAAGUGGUGCCCGGCUCCCCCCGGGCCCCAAAGGCGGCACCGGCAUCUCCGGUGCCGGUUCCCCCCCAGCCCUCGGUUCCCCAGGCAGCCCCGGCUCCCCCCCGGGCUGCCACCCCUCCGCCUGCUGUCCCGCAGCCGGCUCCCUCCCGGGCUGCCACCCCUCCGCCUGCUGUCCCGCAGCCGGCUGCCCCCCGGGCUGUGCCCCCCCAGCCCACGGUUGCCCCGGCUCCCCCCCGGGCCGCAGCCCCGCAGGCGGUCCCGGCCGCCCCCAAGGCCGCAGCCCCCCUGCCCAACUGCUUCCUGCACAAGAUCAGCUCCAACUCCUUCACGGUCACCCCCCGGGGCCUGCCCCCCGGCAGCCGCGUCCCCGAGCCCAGCGCUGUCCCCGCGGGCCGCCCCGCGCUGCCCAAGGGGCCGCCAGUGCCAUCCGCGCCGCCUGCCAGCGCUGCCCAUGCCAGAGCCAACGCCAGGAGGCCAAAGGCGGAGGAGGCCGAAGCGGCCGCGCCGCCCCUGCCCAGUGCCACCCCGGCCCCCAGUGCCACCGGCCCCACGCAGCCGCUCUCCGCCUCAGCCCCCCGGGCCGGGGGCUCCUUUGAGAUCCACCCGGCGCCCAAGCCGGACCUGGCUGCCAUCCCCGCACACGACCUGCAGGCACAGGCCCUGGCCAAGCUGCGCCUCAAUUCACGCAAUUCCUUCCUCUUCGUGCCCCGCCGGAAUGGCGGCCCAGCCGUGCCCCCGGCCCCCAGCGCCAGGCCAGGGCCACCGCCACCGGCCGCCGAGGAGAAGGCACCGAAGGAGCCCCCGAGGGCUUCCGGCCCGGAGCAGGAAGAGCCCGUGGCUUCCCCACGGGAUCCGCUGGUACCCGUCACUUACAUCGAUGACAUUGUGGAGCCGGACAGCGGGGAGCUGUGUCCCAGGGCUCUGAGGACCGGCAGCUUGGAUCAGCCUGGAGGAGCUGGCCCUGACCUGGAGAUGGAGUUUUCCUCCGUGCCCCUCUACAGAGCACACUCUGCCCCCCACCAGAGGGGAGGCAGCACCUUCACUGUUGUGCCCAAAAGGAAGCCCGUUGCCUCGGGGCUGCAGACUCUCACUGAUGCCAGCAGAAGGCCGCAGCAGGAGGAAGAGGAGGAGGAGGAGGAGAGCAAAGCGAAAGGCAGACCAGUGGAGAACGCUGAUGGGCCCCAAGUUGGGGUGUCCCAUAAAAAGCGAUACCCCACGGUGAAUGAGAUUGAAGUGAUCGGCGGGUACCUGUCCCUGGAGAGGUCCUGCAUGAGCAAGACGGGCUCCCGCCGCAAGAAGAUGAAGAUCUCUUUCAAUGAGACAAGUUUGCAGACUAUGUUUGAGUACCCAUCAGAGAGCUCGCUGGCAGAAGAGGAGGAGGAGGAAGAGGAAGGGCAUGCUUCUGAAACAGAGGAGGACAAAUCUUGCACCUUUCACAUUCCAUGCCCAAAUGGCACUUUGCAUCCCAGUACCCCCAACUCAGCAGAUUUAUCCAGCUACACCCCAAAGCACUCCCUGAAGUUCAGCGAGUGGCAGGAGCAGAAGUAUGAGGAGAUACCUGCUGCAGGGGGACCCCUCCCAAAGGAAGCUGAUUCCCAGGGGAACCAAGUGAUGCUCACCCCGGCAGACAAGGGCGGCCUCUCGGAUUUCAGCAGCGAGCCUGCUCUCUACUUCUGAUGGCUUCAUCUGCUGUCCUGCAGCAGCGGCUGCUGGACAAACCGUGUCAGUGCAGCUUCCCAAGGACCACGCCAGCACCGCGGAAACAGCUUCUGGGUCCCUCCCUCCCCACGGUUUUUGUUGGAUCCUGAUGCCAAGGGUGGACCAGAUGCUCUCGGGCAUCCCGGGAGAAUAUUUGCACUGGAUUCUGGGACCUAACUACUACUUUUAAGACAUGAUUUAUUUUACCUGUGGCCUUGCAUGUUCCUUGUUCAAGAUCAGCUGCCAGCUGGGCAAGUGUCUUGAGAACAGACCUGUAACCCCAGGAUGGAUGUAGAGUCUCUUGGUGCUUAUCUGAGUCCACUCAUCCAGGCACUGUGUGGGGGUGGGAGGCUUUUGUACCACUUCUCCCAUCAGAGGCCCCAGUGAAGGAUGGCCCUGGAGUUGGAGCACUGGGAGUAACUGGGCAGCUACUGGGUUCACACAAGUGGCUGAGUUGACAGCUGGACUGGGGGCAGUUUGGGAAGCCAGUGAAGGUUCAGGGUUUGUUCUCAGCAUGUUUCUGGCUCUAGUUGGACUGAACCAGCAUGGGGGUAGUGUGCCAGCUUUUGGGGGAAACUGAACGCACUUUGAGGGAUGGGUGGGGGAUUAAAUGCUUUUGGCUUUGGGUGUGAUUUUUGCACUCAUCUGCAGGGAAGUGUCCAGACUGGCUUAAGGCUCUUGCAGCUUCCCAGCCAUUGGCCGUAGCUUUGAUCUGCCCAUACCCAACCCUGGUGUCCUGUCUCCAGUAACUGCUGAGUGUGCUUCAGUUUGCCAGGCCCUCUUGUUGCUUUGUUCCAGCAUCUGAUGCCCAAGACUUCUCUCUUGGUCAGUGCGGAGGCCUCCUUCCAGCCACACUUGCUCUGCUCCUCUGAUGCAAAGCACAGGAAGGCAGUUUCACUCCUUCCUUCUGCAGAAUUUGAACAAGGAAUAUGGUUUAUUUUUUUUUCUAGUAUUUUUAUAGUUCUGUUGUAAUGGUUUAAUGCAGCCAAUAUGCAAAGGAAUCUGCUAGGCUCUUCCAUAGACAUUUUCUACUGCUGUAAACUCAGGGUCAAAAUUGCAUUCUGGAAAGAUGGAACACUGCUGCUAAUGUGAUUUGUACUUCUGGGAUUAAAAGAGAUGGUUGGAAUA